CUCCGUUCCCGCGCUGGGCCGCAAGUAGUCAAGACUCGCUCAAUCCUACAACCUCCCGCCGUCGACAACACACCCCCUCCCUCCUACAUUCCUUUCUUCGUCCCUAGGAGCCAAUAUGUCGGACUCUACAGUUGGCCAGACGAAGCAGUUUGGAAAGGGCCAGAGGACCGUUCCGCACCCGGUCCAGAAAGCCCAGAAAUGGUACCCCGUGGAUGACGAGCCGCAGCCCAAGAAAGUCCGCAAGGCCAUCCGUCCUACCAAGCUCCGGGAAAGUCUCCAGCCCGGUGCUAUUCUGAUCCUCCUCGCCGGACGUUUCCGCGGCAAGCGUGUUAUCCUCCUCAAGCACCUCGGCCAGGGUGUCCUUCUCGUCACCGGUCCCUUCAAGAUCAAUGGCGUUCCUCUCCGACGAGUUAACGCCCGCUACGUGAUCGCCACCAGCAAGCGUGUUGACAUCAGCGGUGUUGACCAGAAGGCUCUGGAGAAGGCCUCUGCUCCGGAAUACUUCACCAAGGAGAAGAGCCAGGAGAAGAAGAGCGAGGAGGCUUUCUUCCAGCAGGGAGAGAAGGCUGAGAAGAAGAAGGUUGCCAGUGACCGCGCCAAUGACCAGAAGGCCAUCGACCAGACCAUCUUGGCAAGCGUCAAGAAGGAGAACUUCCUUGGCAGCUACCUCGCCACCACCUUCAGCCUCCGGAACGGCGACAAGCCCCACGAGAUGAAGUGGUAGAUGCGUGACGAGGCAGCCGCGGGUCCGGUAGUUGAGAGUGUUUUUUUUUCUGUGGAGACAUUCAUGAGGGGGUGGCUAGCAUGCAAAUAACGCGCGUCCCCCGAUAAGGGAUAAAAAUUAACGGAAUACUUCGUCCUGUCUAUGGGGAAAAGCAUUUGCGGCGCGGGAGGAGCAGCUCAUGAAAUCCUGUAACCUUUUUUUGCGAUCACGAAGUUCCGCUAUUUUUGUUCUUUAUUCGCCUUAGGAAGUACGGGUAUCAAAUUCGGAAUCCUAAAAAAAGAAAAGAAAAAGAGACAAGGAAUUACUUCCCUCCCGAGUUUACUUGUUUUCAUGAACGGACCCUUCAACAUUGACCCAUUUGCAACCAAAGACAUUAGGAAGCAGAAAUCCCCCAGAAUGUUUUUUUUUUUAAGAUAAAAAAAUAAUACCAGCCAGCCAGCAGCCAAAUAUGAGCAAGUUCAAAUAAUGAGCCAG